GAUUGUUCCCCGGUCCUGCCACGAUUUUCUGCAAUAGCCAGCGGCGCGAAAAUCUGGCGAACCAGCAAUUUGAACUUCCAUUUCACAUUUUCUUCUUUGUCUGCUUGUUCGACAUUGUUUGUUAGCAGAUGGGUUUGUCUGCGUUUUGACCUCUUUGGAAGUCGAAUGCUGUGCAACGAGCAAUUUGCGAUGGGAGAUGUUGAUCCCGUCAGUAAUGGGAGUUCACGGUUGAUAGAUAUUUCAAAGCCUCUGGCGAUACCAAACGAUGAUCCGGUGCAUCCUUUCUUAGCUUCCAAGACUGUUUAUGAGCAGCAUCGUCAGCCAAUCUAUGCAUGCGCUUUCAACCCCUAUCAGCCUGAUUGUUGUGUUCCACUUCUCGCAACUGCGGCGAAAAACAUGAUAACCAUUUACGAAUGUCCCUUGGACUCUAACAAGAUCACCCUUGUCCGAAAUAUCAAGGAUCCAUCGCCAGACAUGGAUAUCUUCACGUUGACAUGGUGCUAUGACAUCACUGACAAAGCCCAUCGUAUUGCUUUUGGAGGUUAUUCUGGUUUGAUUCGACUCGUGGAUCCUAGUUCAGGAAGCUUGCUUAUGAACAUGUAUGGGCAUGGCGAUCACGUCAACGAGAUGCGUACCGACCCUAAUAAUUCAAUGAUUUUCGCUUCUGUUUCCAAAGAUACUACCAUAAGGCUUUGGAAUAUCAGAGUCCAAGGACCGAUUGCCAUAUUGGGUGGUUAUGAAGGACAUAAGGAUCAAAUACUUUCCCUUGACUGGUCACUCGAUAGCAAGUACAUUGUGUCAUGUAGUAUGGACCAUUCCAUUCGACUUUGGUAUCUGGGUACAGACAAGCUGCAGGAACGCAUUCGUGAUAGUAUGACGCUCAAAGGCCAGGCAAACUUUCAGAGGGAGCUGGCAGAUGAUUGUCAGUCUGGGAGAACCAUACAAAUCCACUAUCCUAUUGCCAUCAACACCGAUCUUCACAAUGAUUACGUUGAUUGUGUUCGCUUCCUGGGACACUACGUUAUAUCAAAGGGCUCAGAUAUGUCAGUGGUUGUAUUCAGAUUCGGUUCCUUUGGUGAGGAAUUCUACAAGAUCAGGCCAAAAUUGCAGGUCGACACAUCAGCAAUUCAGCUCGUUCGAAUGGAUUUGCCUGAUUCUGAUAUAUGGUUCAUCAAAUUCGACAUAGAUCCGCUCAAUCGGUGGAUUGUGAGUGGUAACAAAAUGGGACAACUGUGCUUUUGGGAUCUUACCGAAGGCCUACCAACAGUCAACAUGACAGUUACGCUGAAAAUUGCGGAAUGUUGCAUCCGUCAGAUAUGUUUUGGGGCCAAUGGAAGGAUUAUGGUUGCUGUUGCGGAUGACUACUCGGUGACUAGACUUGAACGCAUCUUGGAAGGAGAGGAUAUACCUUCGUUUUGUAAGAGCACGGGCCUUUCUUCAACUAAUGGACCAUCUGCGAAAAAAGCGAAGAGGCGGAGCAGAAAACAUGGAAAGAAACGAAAUAGCGAGUCAGGAAGUUCGGAAAAUAGCGACGAUCAUGCGAGCUGAGCUUCUCAAGAAGUACAAUUUUGCGUCUUUGAAGGAAGAAAUACCCGUUUUGUUGAUGUGCAAUUGUAUAAGGCUAUGUCUUGCUUAUGCGAUAUUCUUACUAUCACGUAUAGAAACGAGUCUGAGUUCUGAAGUACUGGGUAGUAUAGUGUUGCGAUCUCGAAUC